CUCUUUGCAUCUCGCUGCACAGAGGGAAGUCUUUCUGGUUCCGGCAGCUGCAGAUGGGGGAGAAAAGAGCGAGAGGGAGAGAGAGUUGCUUUUAUUCGCACAGCUUGAAAGCCAGAAAUCUGCGUCGCGCGACAUGAUCUCAGAGUUUAAGUUAAUGGUCCCCUGGGGCCACAUCGCAGCCAAGGCAUGGGGAUCUCCACAAGGCCGCCCUGUCCUCUGUUUGCACGGAUGGCUGGACAAUGCAAACACUUUUAACAGGCUCAUCCCCUUACUUCCCAAAGAUUGUUACUACAUGGCCAUUGAUCUUGCAGGACAUGGCCUGUCAUCCCACCGCCCACCUGGGUCAGUCUAUCACUUCUUGGAUUAUGUGGGUGACGUGCGCAGGGUAGCAGCAGCAUUGAAAUGGAAUCGGUUUACCCUUAUGGGCCACAGUUUGGGUGGGAGUAUUGCAGGCAUGUUCUCUUGUAUUUUCCCCGAACUGGUGGACAAGCUGUUCCUGGUGGAAUCCUAUGGUUUUUAUCCCGCACCUCAGGGUUAUCAAAGGGGCCCGGGAUUUCAUACAGAAAAGAAGCAGAGGUUCCUGUUCACCCCUAGAGAUGCUUUCUCACGUUUAGAGGAAUUGGAGAAGAUUUGCAAGUCCCAGCGGGAGGUAAUUGAGGAACUGCUGAAUUUUGAGACCAGCAAGUACCAUUCCCCCAAAGUACGCAGUCCUGAAGCAGCCCUUCAGAGGUUAAUGGAAGCAAACAGCCAGCUAACAGAAGAGAGUGCCAAGAUACUGCUGGAGCGAGGGGCUUCUGAGGUGGCGGGAGGUUUGGUUUAUAACAGAGAUUUAAGAGUCCUUGUGCAGCAGAACAGCAGUUUUGUGUCUCUGGAUCAAUGUUGCACCAUCCUGAAGAAAAUCAAGGCCGAUAUACUGAUGAUCAGAGCACAAAAUGGGAUUUUUACCAAUCCUCCUAAAGGUAAUAUCCCAUACUUUGUAGAGCCACUUGAGGAAGCAUUCAGGACCAGCCUAAAAGAGCGUUACCAAUUUGUGGAAGUUGCUGGCAAUCAUUUUGUCCACCUGAAUGAGCCCCAAGUUGUGGCCGGAAUCAUCAACACCUUCUUAAAUAAGGACCAGAAACCCAGAGCCAGCCUUUAAGCAGUGCCUGCCUACAUCA